UAAACAAAAGACAUUCAUCAGUUGGUUUUUAAAGACCACCAUUAUAUCAAGGAAAAAAAAGGCAAUUAAUUAAUAAAAUAAUUAUGUAUGAUAAUUGUUCAAUAUUGACAACAAGAUUUCCUCAAAAAUUAUGGAAAAUAGUUAACGAGUGUAAAACAAGUGCAAUAAGUUGGAACACAAAUGGAACAUCAAUACUUCUUGAUUACAAAAAAUUUCAUGAACAAUAUUUAAGUCCAGGAAAUGAGAUAUUUAAAACAAGUAAUAUGACAAGUUUUAUACGUCAAUUAAAUUUAUAUGGUUUUCGUAAAGUAACAUCACACAAUCGUGAUCCAAUGUGUAAUUUAAAAAACCCAGAUAUUCAUGAAUUUACACAUGAUUAUUUCAAUCGUAACUGUGAAAAUUUAUUGACAAAAGUAUGUCGUAAAGCAUCAAGAAAGAGUAAAAAAAUUCAUCAACAACAUAAUAAUUAUUAUCAUCAUCAUCAUCAUCAUCAUCAUCAUCAUCAACAUCAGCGUGAACAAGCUAUCAAAUAUUUCCAUCAACCAACAAAAGAUAUUAAAAUUUAUCAACAAGGAUUAACUCGUCUUCAAAUGUGUCAGCUCACUCUGAGAAGAACACUGGAUCAAGCUGUUGCUGAUUAUCAACAUCAGAAAAAACUUGAAAAUGAAUACAAUUAUUUUAAUGAUAAACAUUCAACUUACUGUGUUUUAUCAUACUCCCAUCUACAGAGUUAACAUCAACUUUAAUAAUUAAUUAUUAAUUUAAAAAUUUAUCCACACACUCACACAUACAAUUUAUUUUUUUUAUAUAAAUUAUUCUAUUUAUUGUG